AUGUGCUGGUGGUGGUGGUGGGUGUAGAAAUUUGCUUCGAAGUACGUAGUAGCGAAGCUUAGGCCGCGACUCUCAUCUGCGUGUAACUCUAUAUUUACGUAUCGAAAGCCGUGUAUGCACUUCUUCAUCCCAGCGGUAUUACGACGCUCAGAAUAAACACACCAUAAGCCUGAUACUCGGGGCAUCGAAACUUAAGCCAGCGCCAUGGUGAAUCUGACACAACCAUUGGAUAUAAGAGACCCGCCAGCUUUCUCAUAAUUCGCUGCCCGUUAUAACAAUAGCAGUUAUGUUUGUAUUCCAUUACGUGGCUCCGCCUGGUGGGAGGAGCCAGCCGUGUCUCCGCCCAGGCCGCUGGUUCCCUGCCCGCCGCUAGAUGACACUACAUGGCGAGGAUUUUUGGCGCAGGCUUCUCAUCAGAGUCCUUGUGUUUCUUUUACUAGAAUAGCUGAAUUUCCUUCGUAUUUUUACAGUGGAAGUUGUCUCAAAUGGGAAGGAAUCCACACAAGUACAAAGAACUAGAGUUUAAUUGUCGCUCUUUUCAAAAUUCGAAAAAUUCCACGGCGAUAACAGUAUCUGUUAAUUGAGGAGGAGGAGUCGUACUUGAGUUAACAUUCGCCCAGCCAAUGAGCGCGGAGAUUUGCACCUGGCUCCAAAACCAGCAGCCAAUCACAACGACACCCUCAGCAUGGCGAUCCAGGCGGUAAGCUCCAUGUGUUGAUCAUGUAGUCAACAUCGUGUAAGUGUCAACAUUACUAUCUCGGCUUCCUGUCCGCCUUCCCUACGUGUUGAUGGGAGCUUCUGGGACGUGCCAGCCCCUGUAAGCAAACUUCGACGGUGUGUUCGUAUGAAAUAUUGACUCCCGAAGAAAUAUAUCAAGUGCGAGAGAGGAGAAUGAGGACGAGCGAGGUGGGGACAGUGUAGCUCGGCGGCGGCGCCCUACUGCUGCUGUGGAACUCGCCUGGAGGCCGGCGAGGGCCAUGAUUCCUACACCCUCCACCGUCAUCCACACGCCCACCCGCCCCAAGCUGGGCUUUUCCAUCGACAGUAUCGUUGGGCGAGGGGGAGUAGACUCCAGGGGGUCACCACCCCCUUCCCCUGGGUCCCCCCGUGGGAGUCCCAGACCCAGAAGUCCUAUCGCGUCCUUCAACGACCUACACAAGCCACAGGUACGAGUGCCUGAGCCUAUUCACCCGCUGGUGCCCACGUCGGUGCCUACGUCACUCCCCCAUCAUGUCGCUCCGUCCCUCCACUCGCUGCCAGGGCUGCACAUGCCCCAGGCGCUCCACCUAGCGACCCUCCUGCCUCAUGGGGGAGCCCCAGGGCUUCCCACGGCCAUCCCACCAGUGUUGUUGGGACAGAUGCCUCACCUGGGCACGCCUCUGCCUCCCGCACCUGGCCCGAGAGAGUUUCCGCUGUACCCGUGGCUGCUCUCCAGACACUCGCGCCUCUUCGGCCACAGGUUCCCAGGACCGGAUUUCCCGUCCUUCCUGCUGCCCUUCCGGAAGCCGAAACGGAUCCGGACGGCGUUCAGCCCGAGUCAGCUGCUGAAACUGGAGCAAGCCUUCGAGAAGAACCAGUACGUGGUGGGCGCAGAGAGGAAGCAGCUCGCCCAGUCCCUCAACCUCUCCGAGACACAGGUGAAGGUAUGGUUCCAGAACCGGCGGACGAAGCACAAGCGAGUCCAGCAGGAGGAGGAGCAACAGUCCGGCGGCAGCUCCAAGAAGGACGGCGCCAGAGAAGACGCGGAGGGCAGCAAGAAUGACUCCGCCAAGGCUGAGGACAAAGACGACCUCUCUAUGAUCGAGUACGACGAGGACGACGUGAUGAGCGACGAGGACUGCGAUCCCCGCGGGCAGGAGAGCAGCGCGCAGACCUAGGGUGACCUCGCCCUGCGCUGUGACCUGUGACCAGUUAGUCUGUGAGGCGACGCGUGGAAGAAGGAAACCAGGAAACAUUUUCUCACCUCUCCCGCAAAAGAAAAGAAAAAAAGAGAGAGAGAGACAGACAGAGAGAGAGAAAUAGAGAGAGAGAGAGAGAGAGAGAGAGAGAGAGCGCGAAGAAACAAUGAAAACAGAACGUGAACUGUGAGGCAAUGCCAUUAAGACGGCAAAUAAAUGGAUCGAGUUAUCUCAGCAUUAGCAUAAGGAACAGGAGUGUGUUGCUGAGACAAAAACAGUCCAUCCCGCCCAGACUACGAUAUGAGGAUGUAGAAACAGUGCAUGAGGAAGGGAAGGAAGGAGAGAGAGAGAGUAGUCUUGGAAGUGUAGUGUUGGAAAGCAGGUGGGCACUCUUUCCCUGGCACUUCCUGGCACUUCUUUGGCACUUCCUUGGAACUUCCCUGCAGUCACACGUUCGAUGUCAUGUAAACUGUGCCCCUGAUGUAGAGAGAGAGAGAGAGAGAGUCGCUAUCGUGGGAUCGUGAGAAAGUACUUGAGCUUAACUGAUUUCGACGUGGAGGUAACAGAUGAAUCAAGUGUAAUCACCAGGUGUCCCCACCACAGGUGCGAGGGCUUAAAGGACCCUGUAUGGGGCGUUGCGGACAGGUGUGCCGGGACAGGUGUGGCGACGCCCCUCGAUCACAGCGCCUCACGGUAAUGUAACGCGAAAGAGGACCGUUAGUCAUCUUAAUUCCUUCCCCUUUCACCUUAUUGACUUAGCCUGCUAUGUAUAUGUAAUCUUGGAAACUUUAUACGUAAUUUAAUAUUGUAUAUACAUUUACCGCUUAAGUGCAUAUAGACCGAAGUUAAUUUCACGUUCGUAAGAGAGAAGACGAAAAAAGAUAAAAUUCCUCAUAUUUGCAACAUGACUAUACCCGUAUCAUCCAUAACAUUUUCAUCCGCUGAUUGUGUUAUUACGGUAAUUAGCGCGCAUGAAUUAGAGGGUCUGUCAAACUUAAUGAGGGUCCGGCGUUGUGUGCUGACUCGCAGUGAAAUUAAUUACACGUAGCCAUGUACUAGUAGGAAGACGAGGAAUUCUACGUUCUUCUUACGUAGCGAAUGUGUUUAGUGCUUAGUCGGUCGUUACUUUUUCAUUUUUUUUUUUUUUUCAACGUCUCGAUUUCGUCUGCCCUGCUAACUCCCACUCUUCGUCUGUCCGCUUCUGCCUAUAUAUCUCCGUCCGUCAGGUUAGGUUGGGGACUCAUGUUGAAUUCCCUCAGUAUGUUAGCCGCUGACUACUACUACAACUACUACUACUUCUAUUCGCUUCUCUCCCCGUCACCACCUGUUGCCCUUAGUGAGCGUGAGUGCCUCGUCAGGGGAACUGUGGGGGUGGUGUGUGGGCGGUUGUCAUAUAACGAGACCCGCUGCACACUAUCCCCUGUUUCUCUUGCAAACUAGCUGUAAUUUACGUUACGUUCGUGUUUGGCUUAAUUUUCUUUGUUCCUUCGUCUUUCUUGGCAGUUCUUAUACCUUCCUAUGCAACAUUACGUCCCUUUUGUUCAAACUUAAGAUUAUUCAUGCAGUAUACACAUGCUCUGUUGUUGGUUUGGUGUUUACAGCAAUAAUACAGUUCAUUUCUAAUCCUUUGCUAUUCCACGUGGAUUGCCAUGUUCCAUGAGUAUGUUUACCUGACUGGUGACCUCUAUUAGUCCUCUUCGAGUUGUUUUGAUUAUUGUCACCUGAGAAUGAUUCAUGUACAUGUGCCAUAGAUGAUCUGUACGUGAAUCUUUUUACUCCACUUUUCCCUGGCUUGAUUACCAAACACACACACAUACUUAUGUUGAUAUCUCUGCAGAAGGUCACGUGUGCUUUUGUGUGUGUGUGUGUAUGUGUGUGUGUGUGUCGUGUCCAUUCCUAUGCGGCAUCUUAAUUCUAUCAACACACAAUCAAACCUUUCCUUAAGCGGCGUGAUGCAAAGUAGGAGAAAAGCAACAACAUUGAAGCUGAGGAGUGAGAUGUGAGGCUCGUUAAGUCCUCACUCCUCCUCUUCCUCCUCGUCCUUCUGUCUCCUCACCUUAACGUUAUUACUGUCCCCAGAACCUCGACGAGACGCAGAGGGAGAAGCUGUUGUGUAAUAAGGUUUUUCGUUUUAUAUUUGUGCCAAGGACUGACUUCCUUUGGCGUGUAUAAAAUGUAAAAUUCUCCUGUAAAUAAAAGAAGAAAAUA